AUGACUACAAACUUGAGUUCAAUCAAGGUUCCAGUUUUUAAAGGAAAGAACUUUGAGCAUUGGAGAAUACAGAUGAAGAAUAUAUUCUCAUAUCAAGAUGUAUGGGAUAUCGUUAGUACUGGAUAUGCUGAACCAGCAGCAGGAGUUGAACUUACUGCAGCUGAACAAACAACUUUAACAGAAAAUAGAAAAAAGAAUUCGAAAGCUACCUAUAUUCUGCAUCAAGGAAUUCAUGAAUCUAUCAUGGAUAAAGUUGUGUACAUCAAAGAGGUUAAGAAAGCUUGGGACUCUUUAACAAACUACUACAAACAUUUCUUCUCAAAAACAUUGAGUCUUGUUAAUAAGAUGAAAGACAAUGGAGAUAUUAUUGAAGACACUGCCAUCAUAGAGAAAAUACUGCGUAGCUUACCAGAAAAGUUUGAAUCUAAAGUAACAACAAUUGAAGAGUGUAAUACAAUAUCUGAUUUGAGUAUUGAUGAUGUGUUGGGUUCUUUGCAAGCAUAUGAGCAAAGAAUAUUGGAGAAGUCAGUUGUGAAACCAGUUGAGGAAGCCUUACAAAGUCAGAUAAACUGGAACAAUGAAGCAAACUCAAGAAGAUAUCAAGGAAGAAAAUUUGUUGAUAGGUUUAAAGUCCGCUGCUUUAAUUGCCAACAAAUUGGUCACUUCAAAGUGAAUGUCCUGAACCACAGAAAGAUAGUUCCUAUAAAAACAAUAAUAGUGGAGCUUACAACAACAAAGCUGUAG